AUGAGUAUUCAAUGGACUUUCCUUGCAACAUUUCUCUAUUGUGAAUUGAUUAUUGUUAUUAUUCUACUUCUACCAUUUAUUCGACCAACUAUUUGGGAGAAAUUUUUUAAAUCAAGACUUGCUAAAGCAUUUACAGCAGGAGCUAAAUAUUACUUUAAUUUUAUUAUAUGUGUUUUUACUUUACUUUUUCUUGAUGCAAUUCGUGAACUUCGUAAAUAUGCAAAUGUUGAUGAGAAAGAUUUAUCAAUGCCACAGGCUGAAACACAAGCACAUAUGAAACAAUUUCGUUCGCAAAGAAAUUUUUAUAUUGCUGGUUUUGCUCUUUUUCUUUGGUUUGUUAUUAAACGUUUAAUAAAUCUGUUAGCGUCAUGUGCUCGUGAAAUGGCAGCAGCAGCUGAAGCACAUAAACAAGCUGAAGGUGCAAAACGUCAUUUAGAAGGAGUUAUGGCUAACGAUCCAACUAAAAUUGAUCCACGAGAAAUUAUAGCAUCACAUGGUAAUCCACCACGAUAUGUUGAUUCAAAAGAACAUGAUGCUGAGAUCAUAGAAUAUAAAAAAGAAUUAACUAAAGCAAAGGAAGAUAUUGAUACAUUACGUGACGAAUAUGACAAUUCUGUAAAAAGAUACCAUGAGCUUGAAGAAGAUAAUCGACGAUUACAAAUUCAACUAGCUAUGUUAUCUGGUGACGAAUCAUCAAAAGACAAAUAA